AUGAGGAGAUCAUGGCCGACGAGGAGAAGUCUGGUUUGCAUUCGCACUGGCUGGUCAGCUCGCCACAGAGAGGCAGAGCGCCUGUUGAAAGACGGAUCCCCGGGACCCUGGACGCCUUACCAUGGCAAGGGUGCCGAAGAGGACGUGCAUCCUGACUACAAGCUGCCACGCAUGCACUUCCCGGGCGUCUCAGCUGAAGUCGCUGAGUGGCUCGUGCAGUGCAGGGACAUGGCGGGCCUCGGCAUCGACACGCUCUCCCCGGAUGCUGGAGCCAGCGAAGGCUUCAAAACUCACCAUGCGGUCUUGGGAGCUGAUCGGUACAUCGUAGAGAACCUGAAUCUGGAGGGCCUCCCCGCACGUGGCGCUACCGUCACUGUUGCUCCAACGGCAUUGCGCGGGGCACCCGAG